UAGCUUUAUCAGGUGCAAGUAGAAGCUUAACCAUUUGUUGAUAUCAUAAUCAUAUUCGUGGGGUUAGAUUAUUAUAAGUACAUGUAAAACAACUUGAAAUACACACAGCAAUGCCUUGAUAGUUCUGAAUUUAAUUUACGCUGUAAAAAUAUUUGUUGUUAAGGUCAUAAUAGUCGAAAACGAAGUAAAUUAUGAUUAAGACUUACUGUUCACCUCUGUUUGUAUUAUGUACUACAAUUACAAUUAUUAUUAUAGGUUUCUCAGAAGUAUGUUUCACUGAACAAGAAGUUCGCAGACCUUGUUAUAGUAGAGACUAUGGCCAAGGAAGUAUUGUAUGUGUUUGUAACUCAACAUACUGUGACACAUUUAGGCCUCAACUCAAGCCAAAACCAGAAAUUCUGACAGUGUAUGAAAGUAACAAAGAAGGGAAGAGAUUUUAUGAGAAAACUGUGAAAUUCACAUAUGGAUCAAACCUAUCUGGUCAAUAUGAGACUGUUGUCACAGUAAACAAAUCACAGAAGUUCCAGGAGAUACUAGGAUUUGGUGGAGCUUUCACUGAUGCAGCUGGUAUAAACAUUGUUAGUCUACCAAAGAAAAUGCAGGAUAUGCUUAUUUCAUCCUACUUCAGUCCAGAUGGUCUUGAAUAUUCAAUUGGAAGAGUACCUAUUGCAAGCUGUGACUUCUCAACUCACGAUUAUUCAUAUGAUGAUAUUCCUGGAGAUUUCAACUUGACUUAUUUUCAGCUUACUAAAGAGGAUCAUUUAUACAAGAUUCCGUUAAUUCAGAAAGCCAUGAACGUAAGCUCCUUUCAAAUUCUGUUCUACGGGAGUCCCUGGAGUUCACCUGCAUGGAUGAAAACUAACGAAAAUAUGACUGGGAAGGGCACAUUAAAAGGAGAGGUUGGAGGCAAAUAUUAUGAAACAUGGGCAAAUUAUUUUGUCAGAUUUCUCAAAGCAUAUGCAGCUUACAACAUAACUUUCUGGGGUAUCACAGCACAGAAUGAACCUCUAAAUGGUUUUCGAGACAACUUCCCAUUCCAGUGUCUUGGUUUCACACCAGAUUCUCAGCGAGAUUUCAUCAAAUUUCACCUUGGCCCUGCUCUAGAAAAAGCAGGUUUUGGACCCAACAAGCUACAACUUAUGAUCAUGGAUGAUCAGAGGCCUCUUCUUCCUAAAUGGGCAGAAAAGGUACUCCAAGAUCCUGUAGCAGCCAAGUACGUGAAUGGUAUAGGAUUUCACUGGUACAUGAACCUUGUGGCACCACCAAAGCUGUUAGACAUAACUCAUGAAAUGUUUCCUAACAAAUUUCUUCUGGCAACUGAAGCUUGUGAAGGGUCUUUUCCUUGGCAGAAAAACAAAGUUAUUCUUGGAAGUUGGGAACGUGCUGAAAACUAUGCUCAUGAUAUCAUACAGGAUCUUCUUCACUGGAGUGUUGGAUGGGUAGACUGGAACUUAGCUUUGGACCUUAGAGGUGGGCCAAACUGGGUUAAUAAUUUUGUUGAUUCCCCAGUUAUUGUCAAUGCCACAGCCAAAGAGUUUUACAAGCAACCUAUGUACUAUGUCUUAGGACAUUUUAGUAAAUUUAUUCAGCGUGGAUCGUAUCGUAUAGGAGUUUCUCAGACAGGGAGUUCUGGUCUCGAGGUAGCAGCUUUCAUGACUCUAAAUAGAACAUCAGUUUUGGUGGUUGUGAACAGAAAUGCUAAUCCUGUCAAUCUGAUGAUAAAGGAUCCUGAGCUGGGUCAUGUGGUCAACACAGUGUCAUCCCAUUCCAUACAAACUUAUGUUUGGCAGGGAAAGAAAUAGUUAAUAAGUCUAGCUGUCAUCAAGGACUUUAUAUAUUAGUAUAAUUUACUUGAAAAUUACCUGAAGUAUAAAUACUUGAUAAAUCUAUCAUUAUUUGCACGUGAAUUGUGCAUAUGUUUCAUAAUCAUACUUUGUAUAAUUCCAAUUCUGUUAGAGGAUGAAUUUAAACUUCUAAGAUGAUUUAUGUCUCAAAAGAAAACUGUUUAAUUGUUAUUCACAUUAAUAUUUGUUGCAUUUUGAAAUAUGUUGUGAAUAAACUUUCGAAAACUUUA